AAACCCCAAAUUUUUCAUUCUCCAAUCAAAAACCUUUCCAAUAUACAUACCUACAUAGCUAAUAGGUAGGAAAAUAAAAAGGAAACAAAGACAAACAUCAAAAAAAUAUCUACAGAUAAACCCACAUUUAUUUGUUAUCAAUGAUGGCGGAACAAUCAAACCAGAAAACUGUUUAACCCUUUUUCGCUGUCGUCAGCUCAGCUCUGACACCGUCAGAUCCGGACUUUCUUAAGUCAAAAACAUGCAACAUCAAAAUGGAAAAAAAACCUCCAGACAUCAAAUCAAUUUUUGUUUUGUGUCCUUAUAAAAGACACGCAAAGCUAUACAGAGGAUGUCGUUCGUAGGAGUUAAAUAUGCAACAACAAUCAGGAGCUCUUCCUAUUUAGCUCCAUGCCAAUCAUGAUGGAAGGUGGAACCACCGCAUGCUCUAGUUUUUGAUAACAGUUGAAGUAGAUGAUGGUGGCAGAGAACCCUUAGUCAAAUGGCUUGUGAAAUAAAUGCUCAGUUUCAGUUGCAAUAAGAAAAUCACAAAAUGAACAUCUGGAAAGGAAAAGUUCUCUCGGAAGUGCCAUUCGGACAUGUUUUGGUCAUUGCCGGGAAAAUAAAACCAAAUCCUAAUAAGAUUUGUCUGGACCUUACGGAUAAUAUUAAAGAUUCUAAUGAGAGUGAAACGAUUUUUCUGAAGAUUGAAGCAAACUUCAAGGAAAAUCAAAUAAUUCGUAGUAUGUUUCAGCCUGGCGAAGGAUGGCAACAAGAGGAGAUUUCGAAAAAUUGGAAAAGUGACGUUCCUAAGAAUCCUUUGAUUCCAGGACAAACCUUCAACUUUCGUGUGGCAGUUUUGCAAAAAUGCUUCGAAAUCUAUGUCAACGAUAACUUGUAUGGCACCUUCGAAUAUCUGCAAUGUCCAAAGAAGAUAAACUAUGUGAUGGUGUAUGGUGACUUUGAAAAAAUUACACAGUUCCAUCAUCGUAUGCUGUUCCCUUUGGUAUUUCCACGGAAUUUGUUAUCCUGCGAGAAACUUGCCUUCCAAAGUGAUGUUCCAAAAAAAUAUGAAACAGGUACUGUAGUUGCUAUGGAGUGCAUAGCUCGCGGCCCUCGCUCCACCGAAUUUUCCAUUUGUUUCCAAUGCAACGAAACCAGUCGAGUAGUUUUUAAAUUUCAUGUAAAUUUCGAAACAAGAACGGUGGUUAGGUCCUUCCAGAGAGAAGAUAAUAGUUUCAAUUCUGCAGAUGAGGAAACUGAUGGUGAUUUUCCGUUCGUUCGUGGAAAUUCAUUUAAAAUCGCCUUUGGGCAAGGCGAUAAGGCUUUUAUUGUGGCUGUGAAUGGAAAAUAUUUUACAUAUUUCAAUUUUCCAUUCAGAAAUUUUAGCAUCUCGACGGUGAAGUGCUUGUGCAGUUAUCCGGGAGAUUUUGCAGUUAAUAAACUAGAAUACCAUGAAGACUCACCGCUAUUGAAGAGAGUUGAAAAAUUAUCAGCGAUUUCAUAAGCUUUAUAAAUACAUACAUCCAUGCAACUUUUGGAAUAAAGAUUUAACUUUAAGAUGUUUGUUGUUCUCUGUUGUUAAAUAUUUAAAUUGAAAACAAAGAAAAAAUAUCUUUCCUAAUAAAAUUUAAA